AUGUGGCAUGUGGGUAGUCAUAUAACCUGUCACUGGCUGUCACUAGACGUAAGAGCCCUCUAGUCUAGGCUAUUUAAAGAGCAUAUGGGUGUGACGGUAGCGAGGCUUUGUAGACAACAUACCGGAGGCUUUGUAGACAACAUACCGGACCGACUAUUAGGAGAUCAGUGAAUUUCCUCGACUGCAGAGGAAGGUGGAGCUUGACUGAAUGAUACCGAUACUACAGCCAAGGUUGUGCUGUUUCACUGCUACUUGUUGUGUGGAUAGCUACACUUGGACAUGUCUGCUUCCUGAAAGGUGUCCUAUUCCCUUUAUAGUGUCCUUUGGGACGCAUCCUGUUAUUCAGGGCAUCUAAAUGCUCAGCCUAGUUAACAUUAACUUGGCCUGGACCACAUUAUCUACAAAUGACACAUUUGCCUCUAGACUCGGGUGUUAAAUGUGUGUGUUGGUACAUCCAGACAGGGGGGUGUGUCCCCGUCAGGGAAAUAUGCUGUUGUGGAAGGGAUAGAGGCCAGUGUGUGGAAGGGAUAGAGGCCAGUGUGUGGAAGGGAUAGAGGCCGGUGUGUGGAAGGGAUAGAGGCCAGUGUGUGGAAGGGAUAGAGGCCAGUGUGUGGAAGGGAUAGAGGCCGGUGUGUGGAAGGGAUAGAGGCCGGUGUGUGGAAGGGAUAGAGGCCAGUGUGUGGAAGGGAUAGAGGCCAGUGUGUGGAAGGGAUAGAGGCCAGUGUGUGGAAGGGAUAGAGGCCAGUGUGUGGAAGGGAUAGAGGCCAGUGUGUGGAAGGGAUAGAGGCCGGUGUGUGGAAGGGAUAGAGGCCAGUGUGUGGAAGGGAUAGAGGCCAGUGUGUGGAAGGGAUAGAGGCCAGUGUGCAGAUCUGGGAUAGAGGCCAGUGUGCAGAUCUGGGUUACAUCUGUGGGAAUACACACACACACACACACACACACACACACUUGGCACUGCACCACCUCACAUUGCUGACACACACACUUACUUACAUUUACAUUUAAGUCAUUUAGCGGACGCUCUUAUCCAUCCCGAAUUACAACAUUUUCCAUCUAGAUAGAACUGCCAAAGGGGGCGGAGUUGCAAUCUACUGUAGAGAUAGCCUGCAGAGCUCUAUCGUACUAUCCAGGUCUGUGCCCAAACAGUUUGAGCUUCUACUUCUAAAAAUCCACCUUUCCAGAAAUAAGUCUCUCACUGUUGCCGCUUGCUACAGACCCCCCUCAGCCCCCAGCUGUGCCCUGGACACCAUAUGUGAAUUGCUUGCCCCCCAUCUAUCCUCAGAGAUCGUACUGCUUGGUGACCUAAACUGGGAUAUGCUUAACACCCCGGCCGUCCUACAAUAUAAACUAGAUGCCCUCAAUCUCACACAAAUUAUUAAGGAACCUGCCAUGUACAACCUGUUAUGUGAAUUAUUUAACAAACUAUUUCAGUGUCUCUGUGCGUCUCCCAAAAGGUUAAGUCUUUUGGAUUUAAGAAACGGACAGAGUCCCGGUCUGCAUAGUCAGAGAUUUUAUUCAUUGAGAAUUCUCCAUCACAAUUUCAGAGUCCAUCUUUUAUACUCAUACGUCAUACAAAAACAUCCCUCCUCUCUGUAGGCGGGCUGUAGUUUUCCACUUUAAAACUGAUCUCCUGACCAUCAGUUCACACACACACACACACACACACACACACAUGCACACACACACACAUGCACUCUCCCAAGCCUAACAGUUUCUCUCCUCCCUAAAUUCCUCUGUUAUCUUGGUUUCCCAGUUGUCUGUAGCCAGUUCUCCUUGUCCUUUGUUGUCUGGUCUAACUCUUACUCACAUUGCUAAAUAGUAGCUCAAUGUCAUAGUCUUUACUGGUCCUACACUCACACAUUACCAGGUAGUAGAUUCUAACACAUCUCGCACAGUUUCAGAGUAUAAUAAUUAGUCACUACUAAGAAAGUACUAAUCAUACUUAAAACAAGAACAUUUCACAACUAUAUUUAAGGGUGGAACAUUGUCAUUAUUUUUUAACCUGUAUAUAUUUUAAUUUCUAUAUCAAUCCACCCUUUGACUAAAUUAUCCACACUUUAAUACACAGAAAAUCAUUACAAUUACUUUUAAACUAGAGAUUUAUAGUUCUAGGAAAACAUCCAGUCUCAAACUCUGAAUCGUCGUCGUCCUCCACCAAGCCUGGUGGGUCAUAUUCUUCAUUCCUUAGGUCGGAGUCCGGGAUUGAGCCGUAUCUCACCAUCUGCUGUGAUACUGCAUACUCCAACGCCUUGCUCACCAACCCUCGGACACAGGGCAUAAGACAACCCACAAAGAACAAGCAUACCCAUAGAUGCGAUUGCCGCGCCUAAAAUAGUUACAACAAUAGUUUUCCAUUUACCCAACAUGUUAUCAAACCAACCAGUCAUUGAUGUAUUCACCCCCCCAGUUCUCAGCCCAUUCUUUACUUAAUGCAGUGAGACCUGCCAGUGCUCUAGUUACUGUACCAUCUGGGGCUGUAUUGUUGGGGAUAAACAUACAACAAUGACCUCCCACCAUCUUGCAAAUCUGCCCUUCUCUGCUAAAAGCAUUUCGAGAACCAAACUAUCCUGCAGGUCAUGAGUGAGGUGGCGGAUAGUUGGCCUGAGAUUCUCUUCACUGCAUCCCUUGUCUAAUUAACUAACCUUUUGUAGAUUAAAUUAAUCCAGUCAACAUUUUUAUCAAUUGUAACCCACCAGAAAAACGUUGUUUUAAACCCUUCUCCAAUAUGAUCUGUGAUUCGCAUUACUUUGGUGUCUAUAACAUUGAUAAUCUCUGGGGUUCAUGGUGAAUUGGGGUGCCUUAGGAUUAUCCUUUUUAAGAGUGGUUAUUUUAGUAUCAGAACAAUUAGGUGAGGUUUUGUUUGAUCCCAAAUCUAUCACACAAGAGAACAUGGUCUGAGGCAUAGGUGCAGUUACAAGGGUUGGCCUACCUGUUGAACAGGCAUACAAAUUAGUUUGACCCAACGCCCUAGCUGAGUUCCCCAGGUAUGUUUAAACACCCUUGCCCAAGGACAUGAGCGUUCCCCAGUGCAAAUGUAUUUACCAUACCUUCUAGAACCUAACUUUCUUGUACACGCCCCCUUCUUACCAAAGCCCCCAAAACCUCCUAUCUCUUCAUGGGAGAAGUCAAAUGGUAUCUUGAAUCCCCCAUCUUGUCCUAAACUGAUUUUAACUAUUAAAAUAAUAAUUCCCCCAAUAGUCUUUCUUGGUUUCAGUAUUUCUACGAGAUCGAAUCAGUGCAUCAUUUCCCUGUUUAGGUUGACCUUGAUUAAUCCAUAAUAUGGUUACCAUGAUGAUGCAGCUCAGAGUCCCCCAAAAUCCCCAAAACCGCCAUCCCAAUCCUGUCCCUGACCCACUUGCCUGGUACUUCCCCAUACCCAAACCUCUAUAAACACCCCACAGUGAUGAAAGGUCGAGGUAGGGUUUCUUCGUUAACAGAGUUUACCCCCGAACCCUAGUGGUUCAGUUCUUCUCUUUAACUCUGUGUGUGUUCAACGGUGUUGGUAUGUGGGCCUACCUUUUUGCAGUGGGCAACGUGGACCCAAGUGGCUCUCUCAGCUAUUCUUAUAGCGAAGGCAGUUACCAAUAGGACUUGGUAUGGUCCCUCCCAGCGUGACUGCUUUCAAUCCUUUUUCCUCAACGAUUGGAUCCACACCCAGUCUCCAGGUUAUAUACUAUGAAUCACCUUCUCCUUUAAUUCUCCUGUAGGACACAAAUUCUUAGACAUACGGUUAACGAACAAUUUUCUCAUGUGUUCUGCUAGUGUAAUCUCUAGUUCUAUGUCUGCCUGUCUGGUCCUGCCAACUGUGGCAUUCUGUAAGGUCUUCCAAACACUUUCUCACAGGGGGAUAACCCAUCUUUUUCUGGGGUUACUCUACAUUUCUUCCCUUCACUCCGUGAUAACUCUAUAAAAUCCAUUUCCAAUUGCUGGAAGGGGUACUUAGCCGGAGGAUACUCACCCUAAGGUGCCCUUUGUCUGCCCUGGUGAUUAUUUUGAGCACAGAUAACACAUCUUGAACAAAAGUAUAUUUUUAUUAUUUUUUAUUUUUUAUAAUUAGUAAUCCCAUAUGCAACAAAGUGUUGUCUAAUCUGCUCUACCAUCCAUCCCUCCCGUUGACACAUGGCUCUGCCCAUGUGUCAAUAUUAUAGCAUAUCUAAACAGUAAUUUCGGGAGAAUUGGUAAGCUGUCUUUGACCCAUAUUCCUUCCUUAUUUACUGCGCCUUGCUUCACCCAUCUGUGAACUUCCUUAACUGGGUCCCUACAGUGGCUCUCUAUAAGUAGAUCUCUCCUGUGGCUCUCUAUAAGUAGAUCUCUCCUGUAGCGCUCUAUAAGUAGAUCUCUAUCUAUCCAAACUUCCUCUUUUGACAGCUGACUGGGCCCAGAGAAGUGUUUUAACCCUGCUGACAACAUUUGAUAAUACCUCCACUUACUUCUAUCCCGUAAAAGUCAUCCAAGAUUAGUACAAUUUACUAGCAACAGGUAUCCCUCAUUCAGGGAAAGCUCUCUCUCUCUCUUCUGUUAUUUUAUGGUUCGAAUCAUAUAUAUAUAUUAUUACCAAAUUAUAAAUUUCUUCACACUUUUCACAGUACUAUAAAUUACCCUCAACUUGGUAAAAUAAACUUAAAGUCCUCCUCUCAUGCCUUUAGAAUUUACCAGUGUGGAUGAUUCAUUAACACCAGAAAGUCAAAACAGAGUUCAGAGGCAAUUGAAAUAAUUCAACAAACUGUUCCAUCCCAUAGUAUACUAAGCAUUACCAUCAUUCUAAAUAUUUCAUAAAUGUUAAUUAUCCCAAGUCCUCAUGACAUUUAUUCUCAUAAGAAAUCAUGUAUACCCUAAACUCAGUCAAAACAGAAACUCCAUAAAAUUCACUGUGUGCUCUUUUAAGACUUUAAGACUCACCUUUGACCUGUUGAAAACCCCCUAAAAUCAAAAUAACAACCCUUUAUAAACAUCAUACUAGGUGUGUUGUUUUGUAUUUGAAAACCCCAAUUAAAAAACAACAAACCAAAAUAGCCAGGUCAUGAGGACUCCUGAUUUCUCUCUUCCCCUUCUGCCUACAGUUUCUUAACUGGUGCCCUUUCCUUGCACAGUAACUACACGGUUCCUCACAUUCUCUAGCAAAAUGUCCCGUUUUGUCACAAUUGUAACACUUCCACUCACUCCUGUCUCCACUAUUACCGUUUCCUUCUUGUCUGUCUUUGCUACCGUAACCUCUCUUCUCUCCAGCCUGUUAGACAGCAGGAGGAUGGGAAUUAGCAGCAGAUCUUAGACAGCAGGAGGAUGUGAAUUAGCAGCAGGUCUUAGACAACCUGUUAGACAGCAGGAGGAUGUGAAUUAGCAGCAGGUCUUAGACAGCAGGAGGAUGGGAAUUAGCAGCAGGUCUUAGACAGCAGGAGGAUGGGAAUUAGCAGCAGGUCUUAGACAGCAGGAGGAUGGGAAUUAGCAGGAGGAUGUGAAUUAGCAGCAGGUCUUAGACAACCUGUUAGACAGCAGGAGGAUGUGAAUUAGCAGCAGGGCUCUGGUCAGAAGUUGUGCACUAUAUAGGGAAUAGGGUGCCAUUCUCUGGUCAGAAGUUGAGCACUAUAUAGGGAAUAGGGUGCCAUUCUCUGGUCAGAAGUUGUGCACUAUAUAGGGAAUAGGGUGCCAUUCUCUGGUCAGAAGUUGUGCACUAUAUAGGGAAUAGGGUGCCAUUCUCUGGUCUAAAGUAGUGCACUAUAUAGGGAAUAGGGUGCCAUUCUCUGGUCAGAAGUUGUGCACUAUAUAGGGAAUAGGGUGCCAUUCUCUGGUCUAAAGUAGUGCACUAUAUAGGGAAUAGGGUGCCAUUGGGGGCGUCCCGAUAGUAAGCAGGAGUUGGUCUGAAUUCAAAGUUAUACCACAUUCAGUCCAAAUAAAGUCCAAUAGUUUGACUGUAGUCCUGUAGUCAAUGGACUUGACAGCCCAGCAAGGGUGGAACACUAAUUUGAGGAGCCAUGAAAUAUACUUUUGUUAAAUGACUGUUUCUGAUGCCAUCUUUCUCCUCCCUCCUCCUCCCUCCUCUCUCCUCCUCCUCCCCCUCCUCCCUCCACCCUCCUCCUCCUCCCUCCUUCCAGGUCAGGAUGCAGUCUCCAGGCCACCGGCAGCACCACCCCCUGCUGUCAGCUGAUGAAGACCCUGAGGCUGGUACAGUACCUGGUGCCCUGGGUCCCCCGGCUGACCACGACCGCCUGUGGUUCAUCCAGGACGGCUGUGGUAUAGUCUGUGGUGUGGUGACCUGGUUCUUGGUCCUCUAUGCUGACUUUGUGGUCAAUUUGGUGAUGCUGCUGCCAAACAAGAGUUUCUGGUACUCCAUGAUCAACGGAGCGCUGUUUAACUUCCUGGCCGUCAUGGCGCUGGCCUCGCAUCUACGUGCCAUGCUGUCAGACCCGGUGAGAAGUUGGAGGGGGUGGGGAGGGGGAGGAAAAGAGAAGACAGGGGAGGCUCUGGUCAAUGGAGCGGUCAUCAACUUCCUGGCUAUCAUGGCCCUGGCAGCGCACCUCAGAACGAUGA